AGUACGGCUACUCAUCUUUUCAUUUGCAUGAUCAGUAUUGCUAAGACUAGCUAGCUUAAUGGCAGUGUUUAAUCUCCUUGUUUUGCUUUGGGUUUUUCUCUCAAUUGCUUCCAUAUCUAAUAACUACUUUUUCAUCCAAGCUUGUUUUAGUACUGAUAAUGGUGCUGCAUCUUCUCUCCAAAUUGAUGCCUACAUCCAUACUUGCCCAGAUGUUGAACGUAUCAUUUACUCAAAGGUUGAGGAAGCUGUGAUGAAUGAUCCACGGAUGGCUGCAUCGCUUCUUCGUCUCCAUUUUCAUGAUUGUUUUGUUAAUGGUUGCGAUGCUUCCGUCUUGUUAGAUGAUUCAAAUACGUUUGUUGGAGAAAAGACUGCAGUACCCAAUUUGAAUUCUCUAAGAGGGUUUGAUGUGGUUGAUGCAAUAAAAUGUGAACUUGAAUCUGUGUGUCCUGAGACUGUUUCCUGUGCUGACAUUCUUGCUACUGCUGCCCGAGACUCCGUUGUUGUGUCUGGUGGACCGGGGUGGGAUGUUCCAAUGGGUAGAAAGGACAGCUUGAGUGCUAGCAAAACAGAUGCGAAUAACAACAUUCCAGCUCCAAAUUCAGACUUAAACACCCUCAUCACCAAAUUCCAAAACGUUGGCCUCGACUACACUGACAUGGUUGCUCUAUCAGGUGCACACACCAUUGGUCAAGCUAGGUGCUCAUCGUUCAGCUCUAGUCUUCAGGGUCGCAGUAGCAGCAGCAGCUCUGAUGGGCCAGUCCUCGACCUACAAUUUCUAGCAUCAUUGAAACAGCUUUGCUCCAACUCUGAAAAUGACAACAAUGCAACUCUAACAGCUCUUGACUUGGCAACCCCAGCAACAUUUGAUAAUCAGUAUUUCAUUAACCUUGUGUCAGGCGAGGCUCUUCUACCAUCUGAUCAAGCACUUGUCGCUGGAAACAGUCCAACACUCGAAAUCGUGGAGUCAUACGUAAUCGAUCCACUGGCUUUCUUUGAGGACUUCAAACGCUCUAUGGCAAGGAUGGGAAGCUUGAGUCCACUUACUGGUGAAAAUGGCCAGAUCCGCCGCAACUGUAGGGUCGCCAACUAAUAAGGCUGUUUUACUUUAA